GGUGUCAUUUUCUAACUUGAAGCUGAUGAUACACAAUACAAUUUUUUUGUAAUUAAAUUAAAAGUUUCUUCAUUAAAUUGAGCUGUAAUCAAGCCGAAAAUGAAUCUUCACGAUUCACCAUAUAACAACGGACUGUUGUUUGUUAAUUUUAAUCAAGAUUUCGGUUGUUUUGCGUGUGGAACAAAUGAUGGUUUCAGAGUUUUCAAUACGGAUCCAUUAAAAGAAAAAGAAAGACAAGUGCUUGAUGGUGGAAUUGACAAUGUUGAGAUGCUUUUCAGAUGCAACUAUUUAGCAUUAGUUGGAGGUGGACACAAGCCUUUCCUGGCGCCAAAUAAACUUCUCGUAUGGGACGAUUUGAAAAAGCUUCCCGCUAUAUCUUUAGACUUUAAUAGCCCAAUAAAAGCAAUUCGUCUUAGAAGGGACAGAAUUGUUGUUGUUUUAGAGGGUAUAAUUAAAGUCUACACAUUUACACAAACGCCUCAGCAAUUGCUUGUAUUUGAAACAAAUCAAAACCCAAAUGGAUUGUGUGUGCUAUGUCCAAAUUCUAACAAAUCUCUACUUGCUUUUCCUGCACGACGUUCAGGAAACGUUCUCGUUGUUGAUUUGGCAAAUACUGAAAAAGCGCCAUUGGAAAUAAGUGCACAUGAUUCAAAGAUUCAAUGUUUGUCGCUUAAUCUCCAAGGAACACGUCUGGCAACUGCAAGUGAACGAGGAACCUUAGUAAGAAUUUUUGACACAACAAGUGGUCAAAAGGUUGCCGAACUUCGACGUGGAUCGAAUCAAGCAAAGAUUUACUGCAUAAAUUUCAAUCACCAGUCAACAGCCGUUGUUGUCGCAAGUGAUCAUGGAACAAUUCAUGUUUUUAAUCUCGAAGAAGAAGCUUCGCGUGAGAAAAACAUAUCACAAAUUUUGCCAAAAUAUUUUUCCAUUGCUGUUUCUUUAUUAGUUUGA